GACACCAUCCCAGUGCCUGCUGAAGGGUCCUUUGCCCAGAUGGUUCUGGUCACUUCCAUUCUCCGCUGGCUCACACAGGGAGGUGCAGGGCAGUCAGCAGCAUCUCCAGGAGCCUGGGGCGGCGGCCGCGGCGGCUCCCCCGGGCCGGGCGCUCGGCCUCCCGCGGCAUCCUGCGAGGCACCAGCGGAGCGGAGCGGAGCGGAGCGCAGCCCCCGCAGCCGGGCACGGAGCGGAGCACAGCCUCGGCAGCCGGGCACGGAGCGGAGCGGAGCGGAACCCCUGCGCCCCGGCACGGAGCGGAUCGCAGCCCGGGCAGGUGAGCACGGAGCGGAUCUCAGCCCGGGCAGGCGGGCACGGAGCGGAGCGCAGCCCCUGCGCCCCGGCACGGAGCGGAUGGCAGCCCCGGCAGCAGCGCGGAGCCCCGAGCGGCGGCGGCGGCGAGCGGAGCCGGUGCCGGCACCGGGCGGGCAGGGCGCGAGGCGGGGCGCGGGCGGCGGGAGCGCGGCGGGGGCUGCAUGUGCGGCGAGAGCCGCCUUCCUCCCCCUCGCUCCCUGCCUGCCUCCCUCCUUCCCCGCCAGCCCAGCCCAGCCCAGCCCUGCCCGGCCCAGCCCAGCCUCUGCUGGAGACUCUGAGAAUGCAGCGCCGGGUCCGCACCCCGGGCUGGCCCCGGGGCCUCCCCAGGGACCCGCCCCAGGGCCCCCGCCCGGCCCCGGGGUGCGGCCCCGGCGGGGCGGGGAGGCUCUGCCCGCAGCCCGGGUGGCCAUGGCUGUUGGCAUCCUCAGCACCCACCUCUGCCUUCUCCAGAGUCUUGCCCAAAGCAUGGUGGGCACUGUCCUGGCCCAGCAGCAUUUUGAAGGUGCAGGGGCAGAAGUGGCAGCACAGGUUGUUGCCUGCAGUAGAGUCACGCACCAGCAGCAGGAUGCUGGGUGUACAGAGCACUCUGGACCAGUGAAGAUGGAAGCAGAGAAGAAGCUCAAGGCUGGUGAGACUGCAGUACUGUAUUAG